UAAAACUUAAGGGACACAAUUGAGUUAAAAACUCUUUUAACAAUUACAGAGCAUUGCCCGCCGACGGUUGUUUGCUUGCGCCGGGCGGGACAAAUACUGCAAAGCCGCAAAUCCCUUUCAGUUUUACUAUAAAUUGUUGGCAAUAGCUAGUUGAUGGAGUCGGAAGUUUCUAGAAAUCCAUGGCGAGUGCUGGAGUUCUACAGUGGAAUUGGUGGCUUGCGGUAUUCUCUGCUCAAAGCCGCCGUCAACGCUACUGUUGUGGAAGCUUUCGACAUAAACGACGUCGCUAAUGACGUUUACCAGCACAACUUCGGUCACCGGCCUUUUCAGGGUAACAUUCAGACUCUGAAUGCCGCUGAUCUUGACAGCUACAAUGCUGAUGCUUGGUUACUUUCUCCUCCUUGUCAGCCAUAUACUCGACAAGGACUCCAGAAAGGUUCUAGUGAUGCACGUGCAUCAUCAUUUCUUAAAAUUCUGGAACUUGUACCACAGUUAUUACGGCCUCCAUCAUAUCUUUUUGUGGAAAAUGUUGUAGGAUUUGAGACUUCUGAUACCCAUGCGAUAUUGGUCGAUAUAUUGGAAAAGAAUAAUUUUGUUACACAAGAAUUUAUUUUGAGUCCACUGCAAUUUGGACAGCCAUAUUCUCGGCCUCGUUAUUAUUGCUUGGCCAAGAGGAAACCUUUAUCCUUUGAAGUCCCUGAAUUUAACAAUCAGCUUCUUCGGACCCCUGGUCCUUUACUUGGGCAGACUGAAAGCACAAUGGAAAGGGAACAGCUGCUGUCACCAGAGUACUGGGAUGAGCUGCUUCAAGCUUGUCAACCUGUAGACGAUUUUCUAGUAUUUAGAACUUUUGGUAAUCGGAAGGACUCAUCAACUUACUCUUUCCAUGCUAAUGAUUCUGUAAAAUCAGAUAGAAGUGAUGAGGAAAAUGAUGUGUACUUUGUUCCAUCAAGCCUGAUUGAAAGAUGGGGAAGUGCCAUGGAUAUUGUUUAUCCUCAUUCAAAGCGUUGCUGUUGUUUUACAAAAAGCUAUUACAGAUAUGUGAAGGGUACUGGCUCACUGUUGGCAACUGCCCAGGCAACUGUCCAGGUUUCUGUAGAAAUGGAGAAGGAAACCUUUUGGGAACUCUAAGAAACAUACGAUAUCAUACAUGCAACCAUGCUUCUGCAUACAUGGAGGAUAAGUUGAUUAUUAUUUAUCUUCAUAACCCAUUACAAUAAGUAGUUCCACAGUCUUUAUAAUUUUACGAGAGUUUUCCCUUGUCUAUAAUGCCUCUUUCUGUAUUUAAAUUAAUUCAAACCCUCACUUGAGAUUUUUGUUCUAUGAGACUCAUGUGCGUCUUGUUCACACUGAUCACAUGGGCUCUCUUUUCUUGUUGUUAUGGAGGUUUAUCUCUCUUCCACCCCCCUCAGCAGUCAAAUAUUCUUUUAGAUGUUAGAUAUUGCAGUAACAGGAGCAGUUAUAACUUAUAACACCUAAGGAUGUUCUAGCGGUCAAUGAAAGUGGAAUGAAGACUAUAAGAGACGAGAAAUUUUGACGCUUUCCCCCGCCUACCAUCUAGCUGCAAUCCUUCCCUUAACCCUAAUCAUGCUUAAGACAUGGAAUUGGAUGCUUCUUACUCCAAAAGUCAAUAAGUAGAAAAGUGAGGAAGUGUUUUUGGCUAUGUUAAUACAACUAGCCAUACUUGUGUGAGAAUGGUCAUUGCUUGCCAAGUGGCAUUUAUGGGGCCAUAAUAAUGCAUCUUUCCCUCUCUUUGCACACAUCAACCGCAGCGAAUCCCCUACCCCUGCUAAUUGAGGCCUAAGGUAUAGCACUAACUGUAUCAAAUGUACUAGCAAUGACUUUUGAGGGCCCAUCCAUUCUUUUUCUUUCCCUCUGCUUGUCACAUCAUAUCCUCGUCCCAUACAAACCAUGUCACUGUUAUCGAUUGGAUCUUCUGUGCUCCUUUAUUAGUUGGGUGGAAAUAAUUAGAUGAAUGGAUUAUUAAUUGAAGAAAUAGAAGUGGAAGAUGGAUUGACUAUUGUGCCCAAUGAAGCCCAACUAUGUACUGCUCUAAAACCUUAUUAAAAAAAAAGUGUACUGCUCUAAGAACAAAAACCUUAGUAACUUAAUUCCAACAAACAAACAUCAAUUAGAAGGAUCUCUUACUCAAAAAAAAAGAAUGAUUUUUACUCGGUUAAGAUAUUUUUCUCUUGUCCAAUUUGUUCCAAAAAUUUGUACAGUCAUCCUUGGGAAUAUGUAUGGGAUAAAAAGUCAAAUGUGGUAGAGAAGAAACUUGAUAGCAUUUAAUUUGAAUUCACUUGAAUAACCGGGUCCAAGUGGGUAUAACCCCUGUUGUCAAAGUAGAAUAAUGUGCCAGGGCCAUUGUGAAUGGUGCUUGUUGUGGGGAGAGAUAUGUUGUUGUGCCAGCUUGGUUCAGGGUAACCUUUGUGGAAGGUUUUCUACCUAGAGGUUGUUGAGUGGGUUUUGAGGUUUUUGUGCCUUACCGGUUCUGGAACUUCACCUAAAGAUGCUGAUGGGUGAAUGUGUAUGGGAGGAGAUGAUGUGAAACAUGCUUGGGAAUUCAAAGAAAUUGAAGAUGGAUUCUUCAAUCUCACAUGAACACCAAGAACAAUUAUGGGAAGCAAUAAAAGGAUAGGAAGAUUAAGACAAUUGUUAGGGUAAACACACACCUAUGUAGUAAUUACCUAGACAUAUGUAAAUGCAAUCAACAAUUUUAAAUCCAGGAUAAGAAGAAAGAAAGGAUUGUUCUAGAGUUGAAGUGCAAUCAACUAACUCAAAGAAACAAUGAAGGGAAUUUAGUAACUAAUAAGAUUAAUAUUCAAAUAAGAUACAAUCCUAAGGGAGAAGGGAUAUGACUCAUACAUAAAUUACUAACUUGCAGUAAUUUAAAAGUGGUUUAACUCCAACUUUCAUACAGUAACCUAAACUCAUCCUCCAAAAGUAAUUGCCCUUUAAGAAGAGAGACCAUAUCCCACAAUAUGCUUAUGCGGAUAUCUAAAGAGUGGAGAACAAGGUCCAAGACAACUAGAAGCCCAAAAGGAGAAGGAAAACCCAUGUCAUUGGUCCUAAAUGAAGAGGCCCUAAAUUUAAAAGUAUUUUAGUAUUUUUUGUAGGCUAUUAGGUUGUUCUCUUUUUUUGAGUUUUAUUUGGAUGAUGAGUUUAGGUUAUUCUUUGAGAGUUAGGGAUUUGUUCCAUUCUUUUGAACCUCUCUUAAAUUACUACAAGUUAGUUAUUCAUGUAUGAGUUCAUAUCCCUUCUUCUUUGGAUUGCAUCUCUUAGUUGAAUGUUAAUAAUAAAACCUAGUUCUUUCUUCUCCUUUUGGACUUCUAAUUAUCUUGGACAUUGUUCUCCACUCUUUAAAUAUCCCCAAUUCACAAAUAUUGUGUAUUUUGAAGUUCGGAAAGAAGCCUACAUUUCAUGAUGGCCACCUCGUAUCCCAUAGGAGAUAUUUGGGAUGGAGGGGUGAUGGGACGAGAAGGGAGGAGAAGAAAAUGAAAGAAAGAGAAGCAGUAGGGGGGUUGGGCUUGCUGGGCUGGUGUGUGAAGAGACAGGGAGAAACGAAUAAUGCAUUAUUGUGGGCCCCACAAAUGCCUCUGGCAAGCAAUGACCACCCUCACACAAGUUUUACCUUGUAUUUAACACAAUGUAAAGUGUCUCUGACCCAGGUUCAAAUUCCGCAAAGGGUAAAGUUAAUUUCUUCUCAAAUUAAGUCUUGGUAGACAGAGUUAUCCAAUACAUUUACUAGUGGAAGGAUGCAGG